CGCGCAUCGAGAAUCGAGCCGCAGUAUUGGCAGCACUGUACAUUCGAAAGCCACCGUAGUACGAAAUGUUCUGAAAUAGUUUAGUUUGCGUUCACCUUGAAUAUCACUCCAGGAACAUUAAUCAAAGGCCGUUUUCAUAAUCGUGAGUAAUUACAUCUCUUCUCACGACAAAACUACUCAACUUCACCGGAUAAAACAGGGAAAAUCGGAGCAAAAUGAAGUGGGUUUCGAGACAAAUUGCUCUGCCGCUUGUGAUUGGAAUCUCGUUGACUGGCGUCUGCGUCGGGGUGUUAUAUUUGUUGUACAAACAGGAUGAGGAGAACCACAAGAGCAUACGGUCGCGUCCCAGGAAGCUCCUUCGAACGGUGGAAAUGAAAGUGCCAAAGGCCUCAGUCCCAGUGAUAAUAGGUCGCGGUGGAAGCACAGUGAAGGACAUCGAGGGCAAGACCUCGACGAAAAUUCACUUCAGUGAAGACGUGCUUCAGGAGGCCCAUCGAAUCUGCUACAUUCGAGGGACGAUAGAGGAGACUAGACUGGCAGAACAGUUGAUCCAGAGCAUCAUCGACGAUCAGCCAGUCAUCGAGGUUUACGAAAUGCUGGCGCCCCAGAAAUUCUGCCUCUCUUUACUUGGCAAUAGGAGAGUGGAAGUCAUCCAGUCCUACAGCAAUGCUAAAAUCAUUAUGGAGAAGGCCUACUCUCGUGAUCCAGAUGCCAAAAGACGAGUGAUUAUAAAGGGAACAGCUGAGCAGAUUGCAACAGCUCUAAAUGAAAUCCAGGAGAAUCUCCGAGAUUUCAACGACAUGGAGGAGAAGAUCAAGCUGAGACAGUCUUCACCAUUUCUAAGGAAGAAAAUUCCCCCCAGAAGCCCUGCUACUACCGCCGAACCGAAUGAGAGUCAAGUGGCCUCUGGAGAAGCUCAUGAACUUCAUGAGGGCACGAAAGAAGUUUAUGUGAGUGCAACAGACUCUCCAAGUGAAUUCUGGGUGCAGGUAGUGGGGCCUGGUACUCUGGCACUUGAUGAUCUGGUCAAAGCCAUGACUGACUACUACAAUAACGACGAGAGUCGAGAGCUUCAUACUCUCAUCCACAUUUCAGAGGGUGAAACAGUAGCAGCUAGACUUACCUUCGACAACUGCUGGUACCGAGCAGAGAUCACGUCGUUCGUCGGUAAUGGCCAGUACGAGGUAUUCUUCCUCGAUUAUGGUGAGCAUGCGGUGAUAAAUGUCACUGAUAUCCUCGAGCUUCGAACAGACUUCCUGAGCCUUCGUUUCCAGGCAAUUGAAUUCUCACUGGCCAACGUGAAGCCCAAGGAUGAAGAAUGGAGUCAAGAGGCAUGCGACAGAUUUAAUGAGUUGGUGCACUCCGCCCAGUGGAAAGUAUUAAUUGCCAAAGUCCGUGGGUUCAAAGAACGAACUUCAGGGCAGGGCACGUCAAGAAGGGAGGGAUCCCCCAUCCCUUGUGUCGAUCUGUUUGAUAGGAAUGACAAUUUGGAUCUGAAUGUUGGAAAACAACUGGUACUUGAGAAUCUGGCAGUACCCAUUGAAGACAGUUGGUCAGCUGCCAGUUCGACUCUAUCGUUAUCCAAACCGAGUCACGACAGUUCAACGAGUCCCACGGCACUCAGAUCUCCUCUUCCCACGACGUCUUCCAAAGUAUUGAGCGUAAUGACACCAGGAAACAUGCAGCCAGGUGCUAUUGAAGAAAUUGAUCUGACGACACCUAAGAAGCUGAAUCUCAAUGUUGAAGAGGUGGACCUCGUGACCCCCGUCAAGGACACCACAGCAAAGCUGAUCAAGUCUGAAGGUCAGUCGCAGCUGUACAGCAAUGGGGAACGAUUCAAGGCGCCAGGAUUCCACAGAAAUGGAAGUUCCCAGUGGAAUCCGAAGAAGGCGCCAAUCCCGGGGGGCUACGAGGAUGACAACUCAGAGGACGACGACAGCCUCGAGAUGUUCUAGAUCAAAUCCCAUCGACAAUUCACAAAUUCAAUGCCUCAUUGUCAUUCAAUCACCUCGCUCUUCGCUGGCCGAGAGUUAAAACUGUUAAAAGUUUAUUUCGGUAGUUCAAAGUUUAGAGAUUAAAGUUUCCUCCUCUUCGUAUUCUAGUUUUAUCGGGAAUAAUAAGUACGUGCCUUGCGUCGGAAAAUAUCGUGACUUGUUUUGCGCAAGUUAUUUCUGGAGUUGUCAAUCUUAUGAUAAAAACAAAGUCAAUGUUUUCUUUUUUAUUUCGUAAAGGCUUCAAGUUUUGUCGUCAGUUCGAACAAUUACGCAACGAAGUUAUGGCGUACGAUUUAUUUUUCAAUUAUAUUCCUUUCGCAGGAAAAAUAUUUUUUUUUAUUUUCUGGUUUGGAUCUACAACUCGAAUGUGACAAAUUUUUGAAGCAAAAUACUGGAAUUUCAGGAGACAGAAAUCAAUAAAUUGUUCGGGUGUUCAGUUUUUCCUAAUCUUUCGUGAAUUGAGUCGAGUAGUUUCUCCAAAACUCAAUAUUUUCUUUUCCUAGUUUAUCAAAGCUUCAAGUUCAUCUUCAGUUCAAACAAUUAUGCAGACAUGUUCUCAGUUCAUUUUUCAGUUCUUUUUGCGCAGGAAAAAUACAUUUUUUUAUUUUCUAUUAUGAUUGAACAACUCAAAUGUAACUGUAAUUUUUUUAUAAAAAAUAUUGAAAUUUCUACGAGAGCAAAAUUAAUAAAGACUUGUUAAUCAUUAGUACAAAGUUGAGAAUAAAUACGUUUAACAUUUAUUGAA